GUAUCUGCAACGGCACGGUGUCAGGUUAGCGCCUCUCGGCUGCUAGUACAUAAGGCUCGUACCCUGCGAAGCAUCCGCCAACAGCUGUCAACCUUGUCUUCAAGCAUCAGGCAUCACCAUCUAAAGCGUUCAACAGGAACACGACCAUCGAGAUGAGCUAUACUCAAGUAGACUUCGAUCGUGACUUGGCCAAGCUCAGGGAGUUGUCGGCAGGCGACAAGCCGGCCGAUCUCUGCGCCUUCAUGCAAUGGGAGAUGGCUUGGACGCACCGAGCUCUCGCAAUCUUCUUGAAUCAAGUCUAUAAGGCUUCCAAGACCUCAGCUCCCACCGAAGAUGCAGAGAACUUCCUCGGGUACGCCCAACAGUGGGUCCGCUUCCUCGAGCUUCAUCUCAAAGUCGAGAACGAAGUCAUCGUCCCCGUUCUCUCCAAGUUCACUUCCUUCGAGAAGUCCCACAGCGAGCAGGCUCAGAUCGCCGGUCCACUCGCCGCUUUCAGCGCCUACCUCGCUGCCGUCUCCUCCGGCGCUGAAGGGUGGUCCGCCGCGAAGGCAGAAGAACGCGCCCAGGCUCUCUUCCCCAUCGUGAUGCAGCACUUUGUCGAGCAGCUGGACGAGCUCGACCCCGAGGUGCUCAGGAAGGGCGGCGCUACGCCGGAGGCGCUGGGGGGCCUGAACACGAGUGUCGCCGCGAGGGUCUCUGAGUUGGCCGACCCUACCAGGGAGGUGCCCUCGAUGGUCUUGCAUAACGAUGAUAAGAUCGAGUGGCCGACCAUGCCGUGGCCGCUGACCGCUGAGUUCAAGAUGCCGCCGGACCUGUACAAGGCGCACAGCGGAUGGUGGAAGUACUCUCAGAAUCCCUUGGCUCUAUGAGAAGUGGCGUUCUUGGAUGAUGAGGUCGAUGUGUCGUGUAACGGAGAAUACCGUUGCCAGUAGAUUGGGGUGACAUAUCCGUGUCUUGGUGUGCUCUGGGCGGACUGAACGAAGAGUUGGAUUCAUGAGCAAUACGAAGACUCUUGUAUGAUCCUAGCGCUGGUGCACGGAUGAUCCAUCUUCAUGAAGAGCUGGAGCCUUUCAGCGAUACUAGAAGAAGAAUAAGUAAGAUGUUAUCCAGCUCGAGCGGAUAGGCACAACUCAUAUCGCACCUGUCAA